AGCUAGGUUCAUUCAUACCGUUAGAUUAUUCAGUACAUAAUUGGACACUGAUUAAAGAUGAUAAGCAGACAAAUCGAACCCCAAUGGGGCACUCAAACUCACCCUCUCCUCAUUCGAGAAAUGAAAAGAAAUUCGUUGUGGAAUAACCUACCACAGAUACCAUUUACCAAACAAUGCAAAAAAAUACAAUAAAACUAUGUUAGAAUUCAUUCGUCGGACGCUAUGCCUAUCUACAUCGGAUGGGCAGAACAGAACACAACAUUGGAAACGUGACAUUAUGCCAUCAGCAUGUAGAAGCUGAAUUAUUUAUACUUCAUGAGGCAAGCUGUGCGCGCCCGAGCGCCAGUGCGCUCGCGUGGGCUCCCUCCGUGCGAUCGUGUGAUCCACCGUUCCUGUAGCCUACAUAGACGUGAAUCCGCCCGAACCUAAUUCAGCUGUAGCAUAUAUGUACACCGCCUGGACAUUUUACAUUUUGCCUUUCCUCGUUCUACACCGUCUGGAAAAUCAGUGAAGCUGCGUGUUGUUUUGAGGUGUGUGUGUGUGUGUGUGUGUGUGUGUGCAGGGCUGGGCAGUAUGAAGAGAGUGUGGGUGGCCGGCUGGGUCGUGGUGUUGCUGUUUGCGCUCCUCUGUGACCCCGUGACCUCUAAAGGGGGCAGGGGCGGGGCCAGAGGGUCGGCGCGGGGGACGGCCCGAGGGGGCCGUGGCCGGACCAGCGUUCGCUCGUCCCCCGUGCGUGUGGCGGGAGCGGCAGCAGCGGGAGCGGCGGUCGCCUUGGCAGCCGGCGGGUGGUACGCGUCAGCUCAGAAACGGCCGGACGACAGCUCGGAGCGCGAUGACCAGUACGCCAACCGCACCGAAUGGGACUUCUACAGGACCUCGGACUCCGCCCCCUCAGGCUGCCUCCUCACCAAAGUGUGGUCAGUCCUGCUGUCAAUCAACACGCUGGCCUACGCCCACCUCUGAGGCUAUCUGCUAUCUCACAGCUUGAUAAGCUACCUAUCGUUAAGUUCCUGUGCAAUAAAUUCACUAGAAAACACAAACAUUAGAGCAGUUUUAUUACAUGUUACUGGGGGGCGACAGAGAGCUGUUUAGACAGAAGACGUUUUGUACCUGAGUGACUGGGAGAGCCGUUUAGACAGAAGACAUAUGUGUUUGUACCUGUGUGACUGAGAGAGCCGUUUAGAUAAAAGACAUAUGUGUUUGCACCUGAGAGAGCCGUUAAGAUAGAAGACGUAUGUGUUUGUACCUGAGUGAUUGAGAGAGCCGUUUAGACACCUGUGUGACUGUCCGGGCAGGACACCUGCGAUCCGUGUGACAGGAGGCGUUCCAGCUGUGGGGGGGACUGUGUAGCGUUUAAGCUGAAGGCGCCGGGGCAGCUGGGAAAUGUAGUGUUUAAGCAGAAGGGGCCGGGACAGCUGGGAAGUGUAGUGUUUCAGCUGCAGGCUACAGGCUCUUCUGCUUCACUGAUCACAGCCACACCUGGACCAGCAUUACCUGUGCUCACCACACCACACCACACCUGGACCAGCAUUACCUGUGCUCACCUGAGACUCUCACCUGUGCUCGGGGCACCAACGCUCACCUGACGUGCACUGUUAAGAUCCCACAGAUACUCUGCAGCGCUAACAAAAGCCCAGCCACUGACUCCACAUUCCCAAGAGUCAGGAGGUCACGUUCACAUUCAUAUUCAGAGCAGUGUCUCUUAUUUCUACCCUUGUAUAAUGCAAGUGAUCUGUCUUGUGAGCACCACUUUGUAAACCUACACAGAUAGAAUUUGAGCUACAGCUUUUGAAAAACCCGCUUGGAAUAUUUAUAUUGUAGGUAUUUCCUAUAUGCAAUUUGUAAGAAGUUUUGAUUGCAGAAAUAAGGACAUCUCAAAAUUUGAGAAAAUUAAGAUAGCAAAGCUACGGACCUGGUGAAUUAAACCAGACAGAUAUUUGUAUUAGAAAUAUUUUGAUAGAUAAUCUGGAUCUCUCCAUUGCUAUUGAAGCAAUGCAAACGACAAUACGGAUCUGUGUCUGUAUUGUGACUGUUGUCCAAUGUGAAGUGUUUUUGUGUGUUUUGUUGUAGAUUCCCUUAUUGUUGUUCACCAGGUGUUUGUCAUUUCUCUGUUCCUCUGAAAUGUUUUUAAAUCCCUGUGAAAGUAUCAGAUUAGAUUAUGAAAUUAUAUGACGUAACCAACAUCAGUGGAAAUCUAAAUGUACCUGUUUACCAAAUAUUCUGUAUAAUUAAAUAUCAAAUAACACACAAUAUGAAAAUAAAUAAUUUAUUGCUGUUGA